UCUAAUUUCAAUUUUUUUCUCAUUGCAGGAGACUUGUAAAGAACUACCAGCCAAAGAAGAAAGACGAAGAAGACUUCCAGUACUCGCCGUGCAGGGCCUUCAAGCUGAUGAUGAACGAAGUUAACGACCUCGCUGGCCAACAUGAGCUCAUCGCCGAGAACCUCCAGUCGGAGGUCUUCCGGGAGGUUACCAUCCUCAUAAAGGACUUCAAGGACGAGAGGAAAAAGAUCUCGCUCGCCUCUUACGAGUUACCUAGAUUAGUGACAGUGAGGUUUCGUAACACCGCUGGUCAUGAAUAUGAUACAAUAGCCCAGGCUAAUCAAGCAGGCAUUGGUGCAUACGGUGCUCGGAUGAUGGGACAACUGACAUCCCAGAUCGGUACCCUAGAAAGGGCACGCAAGAACUAUGAGAAGGCGGCAAAGGAAGCGGAAAGAGCUCUAGAUAAUUACAAGAGGGCAGAUGCAGACUUCAACCUCUCUCGAGCAGAAGUCGAGAAACAGAGGAUGAACAUGACUAUCAAGUCCCAGCAGUGCGAGGAGGCCAAGAACGAGUACGCUGACCAGCUCCAGAGGACCAACGAACAACAGAGACAACACUACCAAUACAAAAUGCCAGACGUCUUUCGGCAACUCCAGGAGCUUGAUGAGAAGAGGAUAAGGAACAUUAGGAAUUUCAUGGUGCACAGCGUCCAGGUUGAGAGGAAUGUGUUUCCGAUUAUCAACCAGUGCCUCGACGGCAUUGUCAAUGCUGCCAAUACCAUCAACGAAAAAGAGGACUCCUUAUUAGUGAUCGAGAGAUAUAAAUCGGGCUUUGAACCUCCUGGCGAUAUUCCCUUCGAAGACCUAAACAGGGUGGACGGUAACCAUCACCCGAUGGCCAUCAAUCCGAUCCCCAUAGCGAUAGUCAAACCAGAGCCAAUCACGGUCAAGGGUACCAUGUCUGCAAGUAAACUGAAGAAGCGUGGAGUCCUCUUUGGGAUAUUCUCAUCGAACAAGAAUAAUCUUUCUGGAAAUGGUGAUUAUAAGGAGGAUUAUAGUGACCUACCACCGAACCAGAGAAAAAAGAAACUUCAGAUGAAGAUUGAUGAAAUCCAAGCUAAAAUUCACCAAGAAACCGCAGCACGGGAUGGCCUUAUGAAGAUGAAGGGUGUCUACGAGGCCAAUUCGCAACUGGGAGAUCCGAUGUCCAUCGAGGGCCAGCUACAUGAGAGCGGACAGCGACUGGACAAGCUGAGGCAGGAGCUGCACAAGUACGUAGCCUUCCUCGAGGAGACGGGGCCCGUCGGCGCCACCACCCCUUCGCACAACAGUCUCAAUGGUAUCAGGAGGCAUCACAGGAACAGUUUAGGAUCUGGCAAUGAGGAUGACUCUCUCAGCAGAUCUGCCUCUGACUCCAGUGUUGCCAACCAUAAGCACUCCGCGCCAGGCACGCCACUCCCUAACCAUGGGGCAUCCGACAGCCCCGAGAGUGGGAUCGGAGCGUCGCACACUUCGCUGCCUGACUCGGACGACGCCCCUCCUCCUUAUUACGACACCGAGCUGCUACCGCCGCUCGGAACCUGCAAAGCACUCUACCCCUUCGAAGCAACAAGCGAAGGCUCGAUGGCAAUGGCUGACGGUGAAGAGCUUCUAGUUAUCGAAGUGGACCAAGGAGACGGCUGGACGAGGGUGAGGAGGCCAGCUGAUUCCACUGAAGGAUUCGUACCAACCUCUUACAUACAGUGCUUCCUCAAUAACUGUUAGCCCAUCCAACGAGGUGGUAGCGCUGACCAAGGUGGAAUCCAUACAACUGUGCUGUUUUUUAUUGUUUCCGAUUCUCAACAGGAAUUUGGAGGAAACAAACUAUUAGCGUUAGAAAUAACUAAGAGAAAAUUGAAAAAUAGUCCAAUUGUUGCCAACUAAUGUUAAUUUUAACUAUUUGUUGUUACUUUAUAUCAUGCCCAAGCUGCGAUAAGAAAAUGAUAUUAGAUUACCCAUCGCACAGUCUUAUUUAUUAUUCUUCAAGUGUAUAUUUGAUGUUUUAAUUUUCCACAUUAAAAGAUAAGCGCUUAGACUCAAUUUUAUCAUGAACUUUUAGCUCAUUUUUUUGAACAUUUUAAAAAAUAUAAAUGUAAUUUUUGUGGUUGUAAAUCUUUUUUAGCUUUUAGGUGUAAAUAUUAAAUAAAAAAUAUAUACAUAAAAAUAUAUAUAUUAUGAUAUAAUAAUGUAUGUAAUGAAUAUUUUAUUACCCAUUAGUGAUUGAGAAUUAUAGUGUCCUAAUUGUGAAGGUUCACUGCCUGCAUUUUUAUUAUAUUAAUUAUAUUUUUGUAUCACUCCAUAUUUUAAAUAAUAACAAAAGCGAACAAAUUUCUGCCCAUCUAACAGGUAAUGAUUCGCUGAUUUUUUUAGUCAUGUGACAUUUGUUAAAUUAAUGUUAUUGCAAUAUUGUAUAUAAAUUAGUGAGAAUUUUCUAAGGAAUAUAUAUAUUUUUUUUAAUUAUAAUUUUUUUUUACAAUAACUGCUCCAAACAUUGUAAAUAAAUAUAAUGAACAUGUAUGGAUUUGUAAAUAUUCAGGGAAAAAUGAAUUGUGACGCGUGAUUCUCCGACAGUCGUAUUGUGUGCCAAUAAACUUGUGUUGUUGCUUGAAAUUCUGCGUCCUGCCCAGUCUGUGAAGGUCUAUGAUAUAUUUUUCUCAUUUUUAAGUAUUAAUUUUUAAAUAUACACUUUAUUGUAAAAAAAUCCCAGACAAAUUGUUAUUUUGAUUAUGGAUGAUGUCACAAACUCUUUGUAUGUAGUAUUCGUAUUGUUGACAUUGUGUACGUUUGUAGGAUUCCGACGACCUUGUGUUGUGUUAAUAAGACUGUUCAGAGAUUUGUGAUGUUUUUCGAUAUUUUCAUGACAAUUUGAAUGGGGAAUGCCAGUAUGAGUACCUACUGUGUAUAUAUUUAUAUAUAAAUAUAUAUAUGUAUUACCUUUUCCUUAUAGAAUAUUGUUAAUAUCGCUUAAUAUAUAAUAAAGUGGUAGUUUAUGAAAUGGAUUCCUUUAUAGCUCUGAACUUCACUGCAUAGAAAAAAUGCAUUUAUUGCCGAUUCUGUUACGAUACAGAUUCAUUUUAAAGCUGUCGAUUAAGUUAGUCAAAUUUUUUCAAGUAAUGUGAUUAUUACAUUCAAUGGUAAUUUAUCUGUAUUUAACUCAAAAUAUAACACUUUAAAAAAAAAUGAUGAAAGAUUCUUUUUUUAUUUAUCCUCUCCCAGUGCUCAGUUUUUCUAAAUAAGUGAUAAACUUUUGCACUUUAUAGAAAGUUUUAUUGAAACAGUUUUAGGAACUAAAGCUGAUGUACCCGUCGUUGAUGGGUGGAUAGUUAAAAUUUGAGAAUCUUUUUUUGAGAUGGGUUUUGUAUUUUGGGGAGAGGAGAGGGUACAAAUUCAAUUUCAUAAAAUUGGGUCGGGAGGGGGGUUGUUUUGAAGUUUUUUUAUGGUGGGGCUUAUGGAAGUCAAGGUUUCACAAUAGUCAUAGCAAAAAAAUUUAUUCAGACUAUUGUACCACACAACUAAACCGAUCACCACCGAUCCAUUAAAAUUUGUUAAGUGUUUAAUUUUCAUUUAUGAUGAAGCGAGGAGAUUGUGGAGUCGAUUAAUUAAUCAAAAAGAGUUGUAUCUCCAAUUCUUU